UCCAGCAGGGUCUGCCGCACCCUUUCUGCUCUUGGGGCGGACGGCACAGGUACUGCCGCUGUAAAAGCACGGAAACCAAAGUGCAAACGCAGGGAGUGGAGGACUUUAAACCUGUUGGGACGGAACGGGAAAAAGAAAAAAGGAAAGAAAGAAAGACCCUCUGGAAUGGGGCUCCCAUAGAGAGACAGAGGAGAGCAAUUCAAGAGGAGGAGCCUGUGUCACAAACAGCAUAAAGGCUCAGACGUCAAGCUGGAUGCUUCAGUGGCCAGCUUGUCGGGGUGAUGGUACGCCGAUCUCCAGCUCUCCAGUAGGGCGGCGGGUCUGAAUGCCACCCUAGUUCCACUCCACGACUUCAUAUCCGAGCUGGCUAAAGGGCCUCUCUGACCCCAACCUCUCUUAACCUGUCCCACCGUCUGAUAACUCAAGAUGGUUACUAAUAACACAAUGCAGUGCUACGACAACGAAUCUGUCAAAUUUUUCUAUGACCAUAGUAACAAAACCAUCAGCCACUACUGGCGUCGCCGUGACUAUGUGAUCGUCAGUAUGGGCAUGACGGUGUGUUUCAUUGUUAUCUUUUCCAACAUUCUGGUCAUAGCAGCCAUUAUCAGAAACCGACGCUUUCACUUCCCCAUCUACUACCUGUUGGGCAACCUGGCUGCUGCAGACUUAUUCUCAGGUAUCUCCUACCUCCACAUGAUGUUUCAUACUGGUCCCUGGACCAUCAAGCUGUCCAUAAGGCAGUGGUUUGUGCGCCAGGGCCUGCUUGAUACCAGCCUCACAGCCUCAGUGGUCAACCUGCUGGCUGUGGCAGUAGAGCGCCACCAAACCAUCUUUACUAUGCAGCUGCACAGUACGAUGACCAAGCGUCGUGUGGUAAUGCUCAUCUGCGGCAUCUGGGCUUUGGCAAUCAUCAUGGGCCAGAUUCCCAACAUGGGCUGGAACUGUAUGUGCGACUUAGAAGAUUGCUCCACCAUGGCACCCCUGUAUAGCCGCAGCUACCUGGUGUUCUGGGCUGUGCUCAACCUGCUGACUUUCACCAUCAUGCUGAUUGUCUACACCAGGAUAUUUCUGUAUGUGAGGCACAAGAGUCAAAGGAUGUCACAGCACACCACCCAGAUAAGACACAAGGAGACGGUGGUUAACCUGAUGAAGACUGUGUCCUUGAUUCUGGGCUGUUUUGUGAUCUGCUGGACGCCUGGCUUGGUGGUGCUGCUGCUCGACGGUCUGGGCUGUGACAGAUGCCAAGUACUGCGAUACGAGAAGUACUGCCUGGUGCUGGCGGAGUGCAACUCCCUCGUCAACCCCAUCAUCUACUCCUUCAGGGACAAAGACAUGAGGAAGACUUUCAAGAAACUCCUGUGCUGCCUAUGUCGACAGGGCGACGAUGACUUGGGGGAGUCAAAAGUUCGUUUUAACACGCUGGAGCAUGAGCCCUCUAAGGCUCGUAGCUCUGACCUGGAAGACAAGACUAAUGGGACCUCUCUUAUCCUGGAUGGCGCAGAGGACAUCCAGGCCUGCUCUGAAAGCUGAAAGGAACCCAAACUAAGAUGAACGUUUACAGCCCACGCUCAAGGCACGCAUACACACACACACACACACACACACACACACACACACACACACACACACACAC